AUGUGGAUGAAUUUAAGCAGGUUCUUAGGGCGUCUAACACCCCCUGUUGCUUGGGACUUCACAUCAGAACAAGUAUUCAACCCCAACAAACUGACACGUCGUUUGAUGGAAGGAUGCCUUGCCUACCCCGAUCAAAACCAGCAACUUCUCACCCUGUACUGGGGCCUGGCCUGUGCCUAUCAAGCUGCUGUUCAAUACUCUAAAAAGACUAUGACUGAGCCAGGGAAAGCUGACCGAAGCUCCCAGGCUGCCCCGCCGCCGCCCCCUGUGGGAGGGCAGCGGCAAGCUGGCCCGGGCCUCUCGGCACCCAGCCCGAAGCAGGCAGCAGUGGCCCCUGCGAAGGGGUGGCCAGGGCCAGGGCCGAGGCCGGGGCCGCAGAGACAGGCCCCCCGGGCCCGCCCCACGAACAGCUUGUGCUGGAACCGAUCCUGUCGGCUAAGCCUAGUCGGCUGGGCUGGUGCGGCCCCGCCGCCUCCCCACCAUGGGCGGGAGCGGCUGGGCCGAGAGACGUGGGGGUGCCGUGGCCUAGGCCAGGGAGGCAGAGUGGCCCCGCAGCCCCCGGGCUCGCCCCACGAGAAGCCCAUGAUGGAGCAGAUGGGUGCAUGGGAGAAGACAGUCACCCGUGGGAGGCCCAGUAUGCAGUGGGCUCCUGCAGGAGAUUUGUGGCCCGUGGAGAGAGGAGCCCAAGCUGGAGCAGGUUACUCCCAAAUGACCAUGACCAAUGCAAACACCAGAUAAUGGCUUCCUCAGCUGGAACUCCUCCAUCUUGGCAGAGCCAUGGCUGCUCGCUGAUGUUCCCCCACAGGGAGGGACCUCUCUAUUUGCAGGAUGUUGGUAAAGCUGUUAGAAGCACCACAUGGACCUUGU